GCCGGUUAAAGAGUUAACUACUCAUAAACUCGCGAGAUGGCUGUAUGUUUAGUAUCCUUUACUCGCCUCUCUUUAAUAAAAAAGUUACGUUUGUAGUCUUUGACUUUAUGUAUUUAUAAUCUGUGACGAUUGAUAUUGCAUUAUUCAUUUGUUGUUGUCGUUUAAUGAAUACUGUUAUUAGCGUAAUAUAAGUAUUUUCAUGAUUGAUUUUCAUCAGAUUUUCAUGUAGUGUUUGUUGCGAAAUAAUAACUAAUUGAGAGUAGGUAAGUAAAUAAGUAAAGCGCUUCUUAUUUUUUACUUUGACGCUAUUAUUUUCAGUUUGUUCUGUUAGUUGUGAUUAUCAUUUAAAUUUACUUUUACACAGGAAUAAUCAGCAUUGAAAUAACUAAUAAGUAAUAUGUGGAAUUCUUAUUGAUGGAAGUGUUCAUACUUCAUUCACGAUUACUUUAUGUCCAAUUAUCUAUUUAACGUCAAAGCAUCAAAUUAUUCAUCUUGUUUACAGAAAAAAUAGUAAAGCUCCCAUUAUCAUUUUAAAAAUAAACUAUCGCUUUUACUCUAAUUUUAUUUUAAUCAAGUAAUCGCCAGGCUAGGGAUGGCGAUUCUUUCCGAAAAAUAUCAAUUUUUAAAGCAAUUCGUAUCUUAAUUAAUCGAUUCACAUUUGGUGCUAUUUUUAUAUAAAGGUUACUUUUUUAUAAAAUGUUAAACUAUUCUUUCAUAUAAAAUAUUCUUUUAAAUUCAUUAAGAAAUUAUGCUAACUAAUCCUAAUAGGAUUUUGAAUAUUACUCGAAACUAGUGACUAAUUACUUAAAAUAUCAUUGUUUAUCAAGUUUAAUACAUAUAAUAAAUGAGGAAUAAAUAUAUUUUUUCAGCAUGUCGGGUAGAAGUGAUUUAUGGAAUCAUUUUAUUAAAAAAGACUUCGGAGGCACAUGCAAAUAUUGUCACCAGGACGUAAAAACUAAGGGAAACACAACAAACUUGCGCAAUCAUUUAUUAAGACGUCAUCCAACAAUUCAGACCGUAAGUCUCAAAAAGAAGAGUGAAAGUGGUGGUGGUAAAUGUGGUAAUGCACGAAAUGAUAAUGGAAAUGAUCAAGUUGUUGAUGACAUGACUUUAGGCAUCGUUCCAGUUCCAGAUUUGCAAAAUGUUGAUAAUUCGGAUGCUGAAAGCGUGGCUUCUUCUUCUACCAAUGUAUCAGUCUUAAAACAGCAAACAUUGACAUCUUGCUUAACAAAUAUAAAAUCAUUUGGAGAUACUGGUAUUAAGCGUGGUCAAAUAACCAAUGCAAUAGUCUUCAUGAUCGCAAAAGAUGGGUUGCCUUUAAAUACUGUGGAAAAAACAGGAUUUCGAUAUUUAAUGAAAGUAGUGGCACCACUUUAUAAAGUUCCAGCCAGAAAAACAAUGACCCACAUGAUUGACGAUAAAUAUGACAUUCUUUCGACACAACUGAAACUAAAAAUACAAGAAGUAGAAGCACUAUCUUUAACUGCAGAUGUUUGGACUGACUCGCAUAAUAGUCAAAGCUACUUAGGCUUAACUGGUCAUUGUAUAUAUGAAAGUAAAUUAUUGAGCAUAGUUUUUGGUGUAACUGCUCUAACAGAACCACACAAUGCUGACUACUUAGCACAAGUUAUUAUCAAUAUGACGGAAAAAUGGGGCAUCAUAAGUAACAAAGUGGUAGCGUUUAUCACGGACAAUGGCGCUAAUAUCGUUAAAGCUGUCACAAAUGUUUAUGGCAAAAAUAAACACAUGCCAUGUUUUGCCCAUACAUUAAACCUAGUAGCAUCAAAACCAUUUGACAAUAAGGAUGGACUGGAAGAAGCCAAGAAUUUACUAACAGCUGUCAAAGAUAUUACCACAUAUUUUAAACAUAAUACAAAUGCUGCUGAUUCUUUAAAGAAAGCUCAGGGUCAUCAAACAAAGCCUUUGGGGCUUGUUCAGUCUGUGUGUACCAGAUGGAAUUCUGUUUUAUAUCAAUUGGAACGAUUUGUUGAGUUAUCCGAAAUAAUUGCGCCAAUAUUACUCAAGUAUCCUAAAGCGCCAACAAUGCUAACUGCACAGCAGUUAGAAUUUAUAAAAGAUCUUAUAAAUAUAUUGAGACCAUUAGAAGUAAUAACUAAAGAAAUAUCGGGAGAAGACUACGUUACAGCCAGUAAAAUUAUACCCAUCGUGUCUUGUCUGACUGAAACAUAUAAUACAAUGAAAAAUUCAACGGAUAUUGGUGUUAAAACAAGGACUUUAAUUGUGGACGGCUUGAAGAAAAGAUUUGGAAAUGUUGAACAAGUUCAUUUGUUAGCUGCUGCGACCAUUUUAGAUCCUAGAUUUUAAAAAAAUCAUUUUACUGACCAUGUAGCCUGUUCUCGAGCGAUAAAUAAAAUAAACACUUCAAUUUUGGAUAUUACACGACAAUCACUUCCACAAAAUAAUAGUGAGGAAGUCGACGCAAUAGAAAGCGCUGAUAAGGAUAUGAAAAACGGAAUAUGGGAUUUUCAUAAGUUGCUUGUGAAAAAGCAACUCUCUUUAUGCAAUGCACUUGCACAGGAAAAUCAAGGCUUAAAUGAAGAAUUCAAACAUUAUUUAUCGCAGGCAGUUGUGCACCUGAAGUAUGAUCCUGUACUUUACUGGCAAGAACAAAAGAGCUCCAUUUAUCAUCACGUUCACCCAAUCGCCAUGAUGUAUAUGAGUAUCGUUGGAUCAUCCGUUCCUUGUGAGCGCCUGUUUUCAAUUGCUGGAAACAUCGCAAGUGAUGAGCGUAACCGCUUGGAUCCCAAAAGGCUUGACAGACUGUUGUUUUUUAAAAAGUUUAGAUAUUGAGCAUUGGGAACUAUAGUUCCCAGUUAUAAUUCCCAAUGCUUAAUAUUUAAACUUUUAACUCUUACCUUAUUUUUUACUUUUUUGCAAUCAAUAAAAACAUUCAGUAUAUAAAUACUUAUUUUUUUUUUAUAGUUGAUCUUAUAGUUUGAUACGGUAAUAAAAAUAAUUGUUAUUUUUGAAUUCCCUGAUUUUAUUGAUAAGAUAUCGUUAAUUGCAAUAUUAAUCUUGUUUUUAGUAAAAUUGAUACAAAUUUACAUUGUAAACGCAAACUUGAAAAAAAGAUCGAUUUUUUAAGAAUCGAUUUUGUAGGCCUCGAUUUUUUCGUGAAUCGAUUCAUUAGACUACGAUUCGAAUCGAUUUAAAAAUCGAUCUUUUUCGUAAAGAAUCGCCAUCCCUAUUGUGUUU